AACCAACCAUGUUCUGAUGCAAAGAACAGUACUACGAUCUGCGGCUGCCAUCAAGAAAGUUAAAGUUUGUCAAGGUCAAGGGAGCAGAGUGCUGGGAUUAUAGCUCACUGAUUGCUCACCGAAAAGCAGCAAAAUGUCUGUCGCGCCUGGUGCUUCGUCGGGGGCAUUGCCGUCGGCGGCCAUUACGGGACCCAUCGAGGCUCCCAGGAGCGUGGAGGCUGUCCCUCUGAUACCCACAGCGUCCAGCACGAGCCUCGCAGCCAAGUACCGCGGUGCCACCGUCGAAGAUCUUCAGCUCAGUCCGGCCGUCUGCGUCUCGCGGAGCGCAUCGAUCGAAAAGGCGCUCAACGUCGCGCAUGACCACGACUACAGCCAGCUGCCGCUUGUGGGAGAUAACAGAAAGAUGCUCGGUUAUGUGGAUGUAGCAAGCCUCCGAGAGCGGUUGGAGAAAGGUACCAGCCAACCGUCUGAUCGGGUGGACAGUGCGAUGGUGGCAUUCUGGAAGCGAGAGGCGGCAACCAACGGCGAGAAAAGAAAGUUUACCAUUAUCACUCCACAAACAGAUCUUGCGGAUCUCGAAGUUUUCUUGCAAAGCGAGCCAUUCGCCAUCGUCACUGAUCUAAGCCGCGCAUUCGUGCUUGGGGUCGUGACACGCGAUGACUUAGAAAAGUUUGUUGUACGCAGAGGCGGUGCCAGCAACGGCAACGCAGCACAGCCAGUGGCAGGAGGUUCCAGCAUUCUCCCAACCGCCGCGCAGUCGCAAAUGAUGGCGAGAAGGGCAGAAGAGGAGGCGAGGAAAAAUCGCACAUUGUCUGAGUUCUUGCUCAUGCUUGACGGCUACACUCCGUUGAUUCCAGACGAAGUCACAGACUUUUAUCUCGAACGCGCCGGGUUCGAAUGCCAGGAUGUGCGAUUGAAGCGGCUCGUGUCGCUCGCAGCGGAAAAGUUCGUGUCAGACAUUGCGUCCGAUGCGUUUCAAUAUGCACGCAUCCGAAGCAAUGCUGGGCCUGGUGGUCGCAGCAAAGGAGGCGCGGCAGCAGGUGGAGCGGCAGGCCAAGGUGCCAAGGAUCGCUCCAGGACGGUGCUCACGAUGGACGACCUCAGCGCUGCGUUGAGCGAGUAUGGCAUCAAUGCCAGGCGGUCAGAGUUCUUCCGCUGAUGGAAUGCGUUUGCGCCAGAGAUGUAUGCGUGUCUGAGCUCUGUUGAGAAGGUAUCAUAAUUGAGGAUCUUCACCACGCUAU